AUGGCGCAAUUCUGGAAGAAAGGAGCUAGUUUUAUCAAUUGGUACUUCAACAAACUCAACACGAAUCCAGAAGAUUUAGAAAUAGUAUAUAACAACGAUUCUAUUGUUCAAUUCAACAAGCAAACAUUUCAAGGUCGAAAUGAAGAAGGAAAAUUAAAAAUUAUCGAAUAUCUUAGUUCGCCAGAUAUGAAAAAAGCAAAAUACAAAAUAGUAGAUUAUACAACACAGCCAUCUAUAGAAAAUUGCAUAUUUAUCAUGGUCCAAGGCUAUGUAAUUCCUGAUGAAGCUCAUCCAGAAGUUGAUCAGUCUUUUGACUUUUCUAUUUUUGUUCAUUUAGCUAAGCAAGAUAACGCAUUCUUAGUAUUGAACCAAUUCUACGCAAUUUCAGAAGAUUUGGAUUAG